UUCUAGCAAGAAUAUUUGAAGAAAAGAAAGGGGGAAUAAAUCAAGUUUGUUGCAUGUUUCUAUCUAGUGGAAUCUCUGAAAGAUUGAAGGUUGUUCCGGAUGUGGAAACAAAAAUAAAUGCUUGAAGAUUGAAGUUGAAUUGAAAAUAUUAGCUUUUGCGGUGUAUUUCGACUCAGACGUGGCUGAAGACAAUUUUAACCAACUCUCGUUGGACCUCGCGAGAUGCUGAGCAUAAGCUGCAGUCUCUCAGCCCCCUCCUUGUGGAAAAUUCCUAGAUGGAAAACCCAAAAAUUGUGUUAGCCGAGGCUCGAACCUACAACCUUAGGAGAAAACCACCGGGGGCCCACAUAUUUUCCCUUAUUUAAUAUAUAUUUUCCCUUUUGAAAACAAAAAACCUUCACAAGCUCCAAAUCCCUGUCUUUUUUCUCUCUAUCUGUGUGUGUGUAAAAAACUAAAAAUAGAUAUAAAUCAAGGGUAACAAGUCCAAUUGUUGCUCCAAAUUAUUAAUUAAUAAAAUAAAAUAAUAAUCAUGAAAUUAAUUAUGCUUUUACUUAAUUAGUAAUAAUAAUUAACGUUGUACGGCUAUAAAUAAAUUUGUACAUAAAGGAGAGAGGAAUGGACGGCGGUGGUCGCGGUGGCGUGUACAAUCCGAGAACCGUUGAAGAAGUUUAUAGGGAUUACCAAGGCCGUCGUAACGGAUUGAUUAAAGCCCUAACUACCGAUGUUGGGCGAUUUUUUCGCCAGUGCGAUCCAAAUAAAGAAAACCUUUGCCUAUAUGGAUUCCCUAGCGAGAAGUGGGAAGUUAACUUACCAGCAGAAGAGGUGCCCCCGGAGCUCCCAGAACCUGCCUUAGGUAUUAAUUUCGCCCGAGAUGGGAUGCCCGAAAGCGACUGGCUGUCUCUGGUUGCUGUCCACUGUGAUGCUUGGUUACUUUCCGUUGCGUAUUUCUUUGGUGCAAGAUUUGGUUUUGACAAAUCAGAUAGGAAACGUCUCUUUAGUAUGAUAAAUGAUCUUCCAACAGUCUACGAGGUUGUGGUUGGACAUAACAAUAAACAGACAGUGGCCAAGUCCUCAAUUUCUAAUCACAGCAGUACUAAAUCCAAGUCCAACGCCCAAGGGAGGGGAUCUGAACCCCUGCUGAAAUAUGCAAAGCUACAAGCAAAAGACGAAGAGGACGAAUUGGAAGAAGAGGAUGAAGACGGGGAGGAUGAUGAUGAAGAGGAUGAGCAUGGGGAUACUUUGUGCGGUGCGUGCGGAGAGAACUAUGCCUCUGAUGAAUUCUGGAUCUGCUGUGAUAUUUGUGAGAGGUGGUUCCAUGGGAAGUGCGUGAAGAUCACUCCUGCUAAAGCCGAGCACAUCAAGCAGUACAAGUGUCCUUCAUGUAGCAGCAACAAGAGACGCCCAUAAUAUUUUAGGCUCCUAAGUGGUUCUGAGCUAACUGCUAGAUCUGUUGCCUUAUUUGCCUUGCCAUGCAACAACCAUCUGUUCUUUAUUAACCAUGCCUUUCUCACUAGUGAGUAGUUUCUUGAUAUGAUUCUGAGUCUGUUCACUUGUGCGGUUCGUCUAGUAUAAUCUUUCUAGUAGUUGGACUUGUUGAGACUUAAAUGUAGAGCUUUUUACUUAGGUAUCAAACCCGUGGUGCUGGUAAUCUUGGUAUCAAACCCGUGGUGCUGCAUUCUUGAUAAUCUGGAUGGUUAGGUGUAUCUUAAAGAAUGAUAAGUGCUGGCAAUGUACAUUAUUUGGGGUCGUAUUUGUAUCUAGUUUCAUAUUGAACUCACCAGGGGGCCACGUGGAUUACGUUGUGGUCUAAAGCUACAAUCACUUAUUUUUGCCACCA